AUGACGCAGGAUGCCUUCGCAACGGCGCUCUACGAGCAGCUUCCGGAGGAGCAGGCUGACACAACGGCAGCAAUCGCGUCUGCCGCAGCCUCCGCUGCGAGGAAGGCUGCCAGCCUCAGACGCCUUGCAGCGAGGACCUUAGGCGUCGUCGCAGACGAUGAGAAUGUGCUGCGACGGCAGCAGACGCUACUCCGGAGAGCGGCGUUGCUGCAGCAGGGUUCCUUCUUCGAGCUUCUCGCGCAGCAAAAACUUCUGGAUGGACUUCAUGCAGCCUUGAGACACUGUGUUGUCACUUUAGAGUCUUUCUACGCAAGACAGCUCCCAGCAGCGGCAGGAGCAGCAAGGCUCUCCGCGGAGCAGCGCGCGUCUGCAACUGCCACCCCUGCCGUCGAACUGCAGAAUGCAGUCGCUGCAGUGGCAGCUGCAGAGCAGCAGCGGCAGCUGUACGCUGCAAGCACUGUGGAGUCUCCCCAGCUGAGGCUGCUCAGCGGUUCUCGGCUUUUCGCGUGGCUGUGGAGGAGACUGUCUCGCCUUGCAGCAGCAGCAAGCGCAUCAGCAGCCUCGGCAGAGCCUCGAGCCGUCCGUCGCCUGCUGGCGCUUUUUGACGCUGCAGCGGUGCUUCGAUGGAUCGACGUGUUGCGUCGCAGUGGAAGUGCUGCUGCCGUACAUGCGACGGCAGCUGCAGCAAGCCUAUCAGCUGCACGACCUCGUUUCUUUCGUCUACUCCCUGUUGUACCUCGCAGAUCCUGUUGCCUUCCCCUACUGGUCGCCCUACAUGCACUUGCUGCGCCUGGUGUAUGUGCGCGCCUCUCCCGACGCAGCAGCAGAAGCUGCCACGCCUGCUGCUGCUCGCAAGAAACUCCCUUGGUGGCUUGCUGUAGCGGAAGGCGGCGCGCAGCGCAUGCGAAGUGGGCUGGUAGCGCUGCUUCUCCUGCUAAGGGCCUUAGAAUGGUGGUUCGAAUACGAAGCCACACUGCUGCCGCCUUUCGUCCGCAAAGACGACAUCAGACCUCCCCCCCCUCCACCACGACCAUCCGGAGUAAAGCCACUGCACCCCCUCCCGCAGGUAGGCUGCUUGCUGGAACGUUUUCCUCCCGCGGCGCAUUCUCUCCCGUGUAG